AUGGGAAAGAAAGGAGAAGCGCCCAACGAGGGCCAUGUUAGCGGCCAAUCAAACCGGCCCAUGUCACUCCCCGCCCACAGUCUUACUCUCGCACAAGUCGUGGACGAACUGAGCACCGAGGUUUGGUCUGGUCUCACUGACGCUGAAGCCAAACGUCGCCUUGAGGACUAUGGCUCGAAUGAACUGGGAGAAGUCGAGGGUGUGUCCGUCAUAAAGAUCCUCAUCGCCCAGGUCGCCAACGCAAUGACCAUGGUGUUGAUCCUUGCUAUGGCUGUCAGCUUUGGAAUCAGCUCCUGGAUCGAAGGCGGAGUUGUUACCUUUGUGAUCCUACUCAAUGUAGUCGUCGGCUUCUUCCAAGAGUGGUCUGCUGAGAAGACAAUGGACUCUUUGCGCUCUCUCAGUUCACCAACCGCUCAUGUCAUCCGUGGAGGGCAACAGGUGGCUGUCCCUUCGGGUGAAGUUGUUCCUGGUGACGUGAUCGAAAUCAAAACAGGUGAUACUCUUCCUGCCGACAUAAGGGUAUUCGAAGCUGUCAAUUUCGAGACAGACGAGGCCUUGCUGACUGGAGAAUCGUUACCGGUUCGCAAAAACGAGAAAGAAACUUUCCCCGAGAAAACUGGCCCUGGAGAUCGUCUUAACGUAGCCUACAGUUCGUCCAACGUCACCAAGGGUCGUGCUAAGGGCAUUGUCUUUGCAACUGGAGCUUUUACAGAGAUUGGUGCCAUCGCUGCCCAGCUACGCGAAACAAAGUCUAAGGUUCGACCUGUGAAAAGAAAGCCAGACGGUCGUGCUAAGCCACAUCGCUACAUGGAGGCGUACACGCUUACUUUCACUGACGCGAUCGGACGAUUCCUUGGCCUCAAUGUUGGAACCCCGCUACAGAAGAAGCUGUCCAAACUUGCCAUGUUACUCUUCGGUAUAGCUGUUGUUUGUGCGAUCAUCGUCCUAGCAGCAAACGAAUUCAAUGCCACUCAGGAAGUGAUCAUCUAUGCAGUCGCCACAGGCCUGUCGAUGAUCCCAGCCAGUCUAGUAGUCGUGCUUACAAUCACCAUGGCAGCUGGAACCAAGAGCAUGGUUAAGCGGAAUGUUAUCGUUAGGAACCUCAAAUCCCUGGAAGCCCUUGGAGGUGUGACGGAUAUCUGCUCUGACAAAACUGGAACCUUGACCCAGGGCAAGAUGAUCGCUCGUGGGGCAUGGAUCCCAAGCAUGGGAACUUACACCAUAGAAAACUCCACCGCACCGCAAGAUCCUACAGCCGGUGAGAUCCGCUUCUCCUCUGAAUCACCUCGAAAGAUGGACCUGAAAUCUGGCGGCUGUACAUGCGGAGAGGUCGUCUCGUCAGAGACACUCGAUUCGCACGCUCACGGCGGCUUUGAACACUUUCUCGAUGUCGCGUGCUUGGCCAAUCUCGCUACCGUGAGGAAGAAAGAUGAUGGUGACUGGGAGGCCCUCGGCGAUCCGACCGAGAUCGCCAUCCAGGUAUUUGCUGCUAGAUUCGGAAGAAUUCGCAGUCGCCUUGUCACAGGUGAAUCAGCUGAGUGGGAUGAACUAGUCGAGCUUCCCUUCGACUCGGACGUCAAGCGCAUGUCAGUCAUCAUGCAGCAUUCGAGUGGUAAGGUCUUCGCUUUUACCAAGGGUGCCGUCGAACGCGUCGUUGAGAGCUGUACCACAAUCAUCACGCAGGAUUCAGAAGAGCCAAUUGACAUCACUAACUUCCGUGACGAGAUCCUGAGUAAUAUGGAGGCUUUGGCCGGCCUUGGCCUCCGUGUAUUAGCUCUAGCUAGCAAGCAGUACGUUGGCAAGGUAGAGAAGGGGGCUGAUGUCGAUCGUGCUUCCGUCGAAAGUGACCUUGUUUUCCGUGGCCUGAUCGGUCUAUACGAUCCCCCUCGACCCGAGUCCGCUCCUGCUGUACGCCAAUGCCACGAGGCUGGCAUCGAGGUACACAUGCUUACCGGCGACCAUCCGGAGACUGCCAAAGCCAUAGCGACUGAAGUCGGCAUCCUGCCUUCUCCUGACCGCAUGAAGCGUAUUUCCGGAGACAUCGCACAGUCCUUAGUCAUGACCGCAUCUCAGUUUGACAGUCUUACAGAUGACCAAGUCGAUGAGCUACCUGUGUUGCCUUUAGUAGUCGCAAGAUGUGCACCGAAAACGAAAGUUCGCAUGAUUGAGGCUCUCCAUCGUCGAGGACGCUUCUGUGCCAUGACUGGUGAUGGUGUCAACGAUUCACCUUCACUCAAGCGCGCCGACGUUGGCAUUGCAAUGGGUCAAGCUGGAUCAGAUGUAGCCAAGGAAGCAUCCGAUAUCGUAUUGACUGACGAUAACUUCGCAUCCAUUCUCGCCGCUAUCGAAGAAGGUCGCCGAAUUUUCGACAAUAUUCAGAAAUUUGUGCUUCACGUUCUCGCCGAAAACGUUGCACAAGCCGGUACGCUCCUUGUCGGUCUCGCCUUCAAAGACAGCACUGGGCUGUCAGUAUUUCCGCUCGCCCCUGUCCAGAUAGUCUGGAUCAUCAUGGCGACGUCUGGAAUGCCUGAUAUGGGGCUAGGCUUUGAACGCGCCGUGCCGGACAUCCUGCAGCGUCCACCAAAGUCUCUGAAGACCGGCAUUUUCACAAAGGAGUUCCUCAUCGAUAUGGUGGUCUACGGCGUGUGGAUUACCUCGCUGUGCCUUUGCAGCUUCACACUUGUUGUCUACGGCUUUGGCGACGGCAGUCUCGGACAAGGAUGCAAUGAAAGCUACAACGAAUCUUGUGAGCUGGUCUUCCGCGCGCGAGCUACGACAUUUGCAUGCCUAACAUGGUUUGCCCUCUUCCUGGCAUGGGAAAUGAUAGACACACGUCGCUCCUUCUUCCGCAUGCAGCCUAACUCGAAGCGAUACUUCACUCAAUGGGCGCUCGAUGUUUGGCGCAACCAGUUCCUCUUCUGGGCCAUUGUCGCCGGCUUCGUUACGCUAUUCCCUCUGAUCUAUAUUCCAAAACUCAAUACCGUGGUCUUCAAGCAUGCACCGAUAGAUUGGGAAUGGGGGAUUGUGUUCGUGUCCUCGGGAACGUUUUUCGCUGGCGUGGAGGCGUGGAAAUGGGGUAAAAGGAUUUAUUUCCGUCGCAACGGACACGGUCAGUUUGCCAAAUUCGACAAAAACAUGGAAAUUGAAGAUCGUGUCUUCGGUCAAUACUAUAGUUCCGAGUCAGCCAUGACAGAAGGAGAGGUACAGCAGGAGAAGGUUUAG